AUGUUCUUCCAGCUACCAUUCCGCCACCUCCUCCUAAUCGAAAUUCAGGCCCUCCGGUGCUACCGCCAAAUGUACGGCCGACACCUCCACCUCCGAGUGCUAGCAACCCCGCUCCUCCUCCGCCGCCGCCAUUACCAUCAAGUGGCGCGCCUCCUCCUCCCCCUCCUCCUCCUCUACCCUCAAGCAGGAGGCUCUGCAGCUCCGUUACCCAAGGCGGCUGGAGGAAGAGACGAUCUGCUUUCCUCUAUUCGCGCUACGGGAGGAAAGGGCGGUGGCGGUUUAAGGAAGGUAAAAGACAGCGAAAAGCGAGAUCGAAGCGCAGCCGCGGUGCCUGGGACAGAAGUAGCGGCGGCAAACGGCAAUGGUGCAAGUACAGCAGGGGUCGGAGCAGGAGCUGAUGCUGGAGGCGGCUUAGCAGGAGCUUUGGCUGCAGCUCUGAGUCAACGGAAGAAGAAGGUUAGCGGGAGUGAUGAUGAAAAAGAAGACGACGAUGAUUGGUAG